UCAAGAUGGCAGCCAAAAUCGAAAUGCGACCACCAUUCUUUAUCCGCCUUGCUCUGCUCGCCGGGCUUGAGUCACGUCCAAAAGGUAACCUUUUCUGUGUUCAGUGGUACCCGUGGAAGUAUAAUGCCCUCCUGAACUCAGAGGGAAUUCUUUACUUUUGCGAGCACGGGAAAUUUUCAUGGUCCAGUUUAUGCCAAUUCAUUGAAAAUAUUGAUGGACCCAACUUAGAAGUCGCCGAAAAUCUUGAAAAACUUCUUGGAGAUGUGAAGGAAUUAAUGGGAGAUGAUGAAGUAAUGGAAGUGGUUGAAGAUGCUACAAUAUUUGUUUUAAAAUUGUUUAUGAAUGAGAGUGCCAUGUUGAUGAAACAUGCAAUGAAUUUGAAAAAACUGUUUGGGCCUAUAUCAUUCCAGCAAUCCAGCAGACUUUUUGAGAUGGUCUCCAAAAUUGUGAAAUUACUGUCUGAUGAUUGCAAGGAAAGCAUUCAAGAACUGUGGCAAUCAACUGAUAGCAUGGUUUCCAAAAAAACCAAGUUAUUUAAUUCAGAUGUCACAAUCGAUUGUGAUCAAGAUUGGGCUCCUCCGAAUUUAAAUUUUUUAUCCACUUUAAAUGCAAAAUCAAAUGAUGUUUUCAACUCUUUUUCAAUGAAGUAUAACACCAGGACGGAAGUGAAUUCUGCACCAAAUCAGGCGAUGCUCAGAAGACAUGACUUGAAGUAUUCUAAAGAGUGGCUGGCAAAUGAAAUCAGGAAGAGCUUUCAAGGUCAAACUCCAACCGACAUGUCUAUGGAAGAUUUUAUUGUCUCAGUCAGUGCCACUUUAGAAUCAAAUCACUCAAAUGAUGAACUUCAGAAUGAGCUCUUCGAUCUAAUAGGUUUUGAUCAUUUUGAACUGGUGAGCUGUCUUUUAGAACAUCGAAAUGAUAUUGUUAAUAAUUGUAAAGUGGAAGAAUAUGAGUGUAAUCAAAUGAAUGUGGCACUGAAUAAUCGUGUGGAUCAUUUUCCAAAUUCAAAACCGCCCUCUCAGUUCACUUUUCAAACCAAAGAGGAAAUAACUGCUGCAAAACUUCAAAUGAAAGAAGCUAAGAAACUUUCUAAAUUGCUCAGCAAAAAAGAAGUCGAUGAAGUGGUCCUGUUCAGCAAAAAAAGGCAUACAAAGGAAAUAAGAGGAGAGGCCUUCUCUGCUUCAACUGUAGCUUUUCGUGAAAAGUUUGCCAGACCUACUGCCGAAGUUAUUUAUCCAAAUGUUUAUGACUCAUUGGCAAAAGCAAAGCAAAGUUCAGGUUAUGUAGCAGGCAAACAAAUGACACUACCUGAAGGAGUCACACGGAAAGAUAACAAAACGUAUGAAGAAGUUAGUAUUCCUGUCUCCGAACCGCCCCCGCUCAAUGUUGGCAGUAAACUUGUCUCGAUCGCUUCCCUUGAUGAAGUUGGACAACAAGCAUUUGCCGGUGUUCAAAAUCUUAACAGGAUACAGUCAAUUGUUUUUCAAACAGCCUAUCAUACAAACGAAAAUCUUCUCAUUUGUGCUCCUACUGGUGCUGGUAAAACAAACGUCGCCCUUCUAACCAUUGUCAGCACUAUCAGGAACUUUAUUCGAGCUGAAAAGAUCAACAUUAACGAAUUUAAGAUCGUAUAUGUUGCGCCGAUGAAAGCUCUUGCGGCCGAAAUGACAGCUAAUUUUAGUAAGAAGUUAAAAGGUCUGAAUAUCACCGUUCAAGAAUUAACUGGAGAUAUGCAGCUGACUAAAGCAGAAAUUAGCAAAACUCAAAUGCUUGUCACAACUCCUGAGAAGUGGGACGUAGUUACCCGGAAAGGAACAGGAGACAUUGCCCUCACUAGUAUAGUGAAAUUGUUGAUAAUCGAUGAAGUACAUCUUCUACAUGGAGAUCGUGGUCCUGUGGUUGAAGCUUUGGUUGCACGAACUUUACGACAGGUUGAAACGAGUCAAAGUAUGAUUCGCAUCGUUGGUUUAUCCGCUACUCUUCCAAACUAUAUCGAUGUUGCAAGAUUCCUGCGGGUUAAUCCGAUGGUGGGUCUUUUCUAUUUUGAUGCUCGUUUCCGUCCAGUGCCCUUAAGUCAAACUUUUGUGGGUUUGAAGGCCACUCGGCCUCUUCAACAGAAAAAUGACAUGGACUAUAUUUGUUAUGAAAAAGUUGUUCAAGAACUGCAGAAUGGCCAUCAGGUAAUGGUAUUUGUCCAUGCUCGAAACAAUACUGUGAAAACAGCAAAUGUUUUGAAAGAGUUAGCCCAGCAAAAAAACCAGCUUCAUUUAUUCGUUCCGGAACAGUGCAGCUCCAUUGGUACUGCACAAAGAGCCAUGGAAAAAUCCAGGUCAAAACAGUUGGCAGAACUGUUUCAAAGUGGUAUUUCUGUGCAUCAUGCAGGGUUGCUACGGUCUGACAGAUCAUUAGUUGAGAAAUACUUUGCUGAGGGUUAUAUCAAAGUAUUAGUGUGCACAGCAACUCUUGCUUGGGGCGUCAAUCUUCCAGCUCAUGCUGUCAUCAUCAAAGGGACAGAACUGUAUGAUGCAAAACACGGCUCCUUUGUAGAUCUAGGUAUUUUGGACGUUCUGCAAAUCUUUGGUCGAGCUGGUCGUCCUCAGUUUGAUAAAUCAGGACAUGGUAUAAUCAUAACUUCGUACGACAAACUGAAUCAUUAUCUCUCUCUUUUGACAAAUCAGUUUCCCAUCGAAAGUAAUUUUAUCAGUUAUCUUGCUGAUAAUCUAAAUGCUGAGGUGGGAAUAGGCCGUUCCAGAACAAAAGGUUUGUGCAGUCUAUCUGCAAUGACACUAGUCAGAAGUUUAUAG